CAACACUCCUUAGCAGCCAGGAAGUUACCUUCUUUGAGUCGUUUGUCUUGAUUCUGACCAGUAGGAACAGUUGCAUCACUCGACAGAUAAAACCUAAGUUUUAUGUUCGACAGCGUCAACUCUCAACACUGACAGUUUACAUGUUAGAAGUUGGACCUGAAUCUCGCGUCAAUAUUUGACAGCAACAACUGUUCUCGAUACACCGGGACAUUGUCUUGAACUACUGCUGCUUUGAAAACUCGAGACCGGGAGCAAUCAAUCUCUCGGUUUAAAAAUGGUCAGCGACGGACAAGUACAUAAUUUAUUUUAAACGGGAUAGACAUAGAUAAUUUUCAUCCUAAAUUCGAUGUUGUUUUAGAUGUCUUGUUUGUAACCUUCAACUAGUACCCAUUUUAUUCCAAGUCGUAAAAAUACUUGGGUCGGGACCGAAAAACUCGGAGCUCCACAUGCCUGCUGAAUUAUAACUUUAAAUGGAUUUUUUUUUUACGACAUCAAGCCUUUAAACGCCCGACCCCAUCACGGCGCAGAGCAGAGCUAAGAAGAAAACUUCCAGUGUACUCUGCCGGCACUACCAUUUUGGAAAUCACAUGAUGCAUUGCUGCGGGCUGAUUGGUUGAAAGACUGGCGCUUGACCACGCCCCCGCUGCCACAGAGACGUUCUGGCAAAGUCUGAAAACCAAGAAGUGAAUAUGGGUGUGAAGGAAUUCCUGUCCCGGAUCAGCGCUGGUGUGAGAGAUCUGUAAUCUCUGGAGUGGAUGUCCAGGGCAGAGCAUGACAUCUGGAGACAGCUUUGGCAAUUAUCUAUGUGAAAUAAAAGGCUGUGAAUACAUCAAUUUGGAACCAUCAGACGUAACUGUGGUGGGGAACGUGAGCAAUGAUGAGGACAGCUAUUUGAAACGGCAUUCACAGCAACACUGUCAUAACCCGCAAGCAAUGCAAGAUCGAAUCACACAUACUCUGGAGCCUGCAAGCUCACCCAUGCUUCCUGGAGAUUUUGGCAAGAUGCACUUGAUGGACCACCCACAUCUGCCAGUGAUGCCAGUACCACCCAGCCAAUCAGGAUGCAGCAUCGGCAGUGAUUCAGCAAGCAGUAGCUUAUCAGAUAUCUACCAUGCCACAGAGGAGAGUGAAGUUGGUGAAAUGGAUCUAUCUGGGCUCCCAGAGGCACCUGUGGAUUCAGAUGAUGAGUAUGAAGAAGAUGAACACCUUGAGCAUGCCUCAGAUACUCUGCUUGGCCGAGAUGUCGUAAGAGAGUGUCUGGAGAAGGAGCCAGCUGAACGCAGUGAUGAUGACAUUGAGCUGCUUCUCGAGUUCAUGCAUCAGUUGCCUGCAUUUGCCAACAUGACCAUGUCAGUAAGGAGAGAGCUGUGUACAGUUAUGGUCUUUGAAGUUGUAGAACAAGCCGGCACCAUCAUCCUGCAUGACAAACAGGAGUUGGACCUAUGGUAUGUUAUCCUGAACGGUGCAGUAGAAAUAAGUUAUGGAGACAGCCGAACCGAAAUACUCUGCAUGGGGAACAGCUUUGGAAUCUCUGCCUCCUUGGUGAAGCAGUGUAUGAAUGGAGAUGUGCGCACAAAAGGGGACGACUGCCAGUUGGUGUGCAUCCCCCAGGAGGACUACUGGCGCAUCCUCAGUCAUGUAGAGAAAAACAUGCACAAGGUGGAGGAAGAAGGAGAGAUUGUUAUGGUAAAGGAGCAUCGUGAAUUGGAUCGCAGUGGCACAUGCAAGGGCCACAUCGUCAUCAAGGGCACGCCAGAAAGAUUGAUUAUGCACUUGGUGGAGGAGCCUUCAGUAGUGGAUCCAACCUACAUUGAGGAUUUCCUCCUCACCUACCGCACAUUCCUUUGCAGCCCCAUAGAUGUGUGCAAUAAGCUACUAGAGUGGUUCAAAGUGGACAGUCUGAGAGACACGGUUACACGGAUAGUGUUGUUAUGGGUGAAUAAUCAUUUUAAUGAUUUUGAAGGAAAUCCUUCAAUGACACAGUUUCUAGAGGACUUUGAGAAGUUGCUGGUUGAAGUGAAAAUGAAUGGCCAUUUGCGGUUGCUGAACAUGGCCUCAGCAGCUAAAGCCAAGUUGCGUCAGGUCAUCCUGCAGAAAGCAAACAGAGACUCACUACUGCCUUUUAGCCUGCUAGGAGGCAGUGAGAGGGGCUUCGGCAUCUUCAUAGACAGUGUGAAGGACAGUGAAGCCACUGAGGCUGGACUCAAAAGAGGAGAUCAGAUAAUAGAGCUUAAUGGACAAAAUUUUGAAAACAUAUCUUACUCCAAAGCUAUGGACAUUCUAAGGAACAAUACUCACCUUUCUCUCACUGUAAAGAUGAAUAUCUUUGUCUUCAAAGAGCUUCAAAACUGUGUGAGGCAUGACAAGAAAAACAGAGCCCUCCAUUUUCCCAAAUUUCAUGAGAAGAGGGGCAACCGCUUCUCCAUUGCUGAGCUGCCAGGCGACCUGGAACUUCCCACUGAUAGCAAGAGUCACAAGAAAAUGAAGGCCAACACAGUGUCAACUGGACGCAACAAGAUUCGCAAGAUGCUGGAAAAGACCAGGUUCAGCAUUCUACCUCCUAAACCUUUCAGUAAUACAGGAAUAGGCCAGUCUCAGGAUGACAGCAUUGUGGACACAAAACAGUGCAGGCGCAGUGUGGCCAUCAUGCCCAUCAUGGGCACUCUAUCCUCCAGCAGCCCUGAUUUACUGGAGCCAGCAACCAGUGCACUCAGCUUCUCAAACUCAACUGAUGUUCCAGAUCAGGCGAUACGUGUUUUCAGAGCAGACCAACAGAGCUGCUACAUUAUCAUCAGUAAAGACACAACAGCCAAGGAUGUGGUCGUGCAUGUAGUUAAGGACUUUGGCCUUAUUCCUGCUCCAGAGACCUAUUCUCUAUGUGAAGUGUCCGUCAGUCCAGAAGGUGUCAUUAAACAAUGUCGUCUACCAGACCAACUGUCCAAAUUGGCAGAUCGCAUCCAGCUCAACGGAAGGUACUACCUGAAGAACAACAUGGAAACCGAGACCCUCUGCUCAGAUGAGGUUGCUCAAGAGCUGCUGAGAGAGAAUCAGAUUAGUCUUCUCCAGCUCAGCACUCUGGAAGUGUCUGCCCAGCUGUCCAUGCGUGACUUUGGCAUCUUCCGGAACAUUGAGUCCACUGAGUAUGUGGACAAUCUCUUCAAGCUGAAAACCAGUAGUGGCCAUAUAAAACAGUUUGAGGAGCUUAUCAACCAGGAGACCUUCUGGGUGGCCACAGAGAUUUUGCAUGGGGCAAAUGCACUAAAGCGCAUGAAGACAAUCAAGCACUUCAUCAAGAUUGCACUGCAGUGCCGCGAGUGCAAAAACUUCAAUUCCAUGUUUGCCAUCAUAAGCGGACUAAACCUUGCUCCUGUGGCCCGGCUACGAGGCACAUGGGAGAAGCUUCCUAGCAAAUAUGAAAAACUUUUUCGAGAUCUGCAGGAUAUUUUUGACCCCUCACGCAACAUGGCAAAAUACCGCAACAUCCUGAGCAGCCAAAGUAUGCAGCUGCCAAUUAUCCCUCUCUUUCCUGUGGUUAAGAAAGAUCUUACAUUCCUGCAUGAAGGUAAUGACACAUAUGUGGAUGGCCUUGUGAACUUUGAGAAGCUACGGAUGAUUGCCAAGGAGAUACGCCAUGUUGUUCGAAUGACCACGACCAGCAUGGAUCCAGCAAUCUUCUUUCAUCAGAGAAAGAAGAGGUGGAAGAGUUUAGGGUCCUUGAGCCAGGGCAGCACCAAUUCCAACCUGCUGGAUGUCCAGGCUGGGCAUAAAAAGCGUGUGCGGCGCAGCUCAUUGCUGAAUGCCAAGAAGCUGUAUGAAGAUGCACAGAUGGCCCGUAAGGUCAGGCAGUACCUGGCCCAGCUGCAGGUGGAGACAGACGAGGAGAAGUUCCAGAUUAUGUCUCUGCAGUGUGAGCCAGCCUAUAGUACCUUAUCUAAAAACUUGAGUGAAAGGAGGUCCACCAAAUCUGACUUGUCUCCUGUGUUCACACGCUCAUCUUUGGCCUCUGUCAAGUCACACAACCGUGUCUCCCAGGUUCUACAGGUUCCCCCCGUCAGCCUCAAUCCCUUGAGGAAGAAGAGCAUUGCCCGAGACCAAAUAACUGCACACAACUUGAACUCACCACAAGUGAUGAAGAAAACAUCUGUCUUAGUAGAGGAGUGCAGUGGAAAGAGGAAUGAUGACCUCCCCUCCCUUCACUCCAGUCUGAACAUGUCACCACAGGGUUCCCUGGGUAAAGUGGGCAUGAACAAAUUGCAGGAUUGUAGUCCACUGAACCUGCCAGGUUCUCUGUCUUCUCUUGCCAAUGAACCCAAGGUCAAAGUGGGGAACAGAAGCAUGGCAGUAGACAACAUUGAUGUUCAUGACAGCGAUGGCAUAGGCAAAUUGAACAACUCUGAUUCAAGCCACACUGAGAUUCCUUCACAUUCCAGCACAGUCAGUAACUGCUCAGUAGACAGUAUGCAUUCAACAAGAAAAGCCAGAAGCCAAAUACAGUCAGCAUCACUUCACACUGCAUCAGAAAACUAUCAGCCCUGCACAAGCUUGUCAUUGGUGAGGAACUUGGUGACCCAUGGCUCAAUUUUCAUCUCCUCCACCAGCACUGAGGAGCUAACUUUGCCCAUUUCAGAAGUGGCUGACAGUGGCCGAGGAAGCUGGACAUCAUGCUCCAGCAACUCUCAUGAUAAUUUCCCAAACUUUCAAGUUCAACGCAUGUCAGACAUAAUGAACCACCGGCAUCCUCGGAAGGCUGACACUAUCACAGAGGUGGAUGAUCUUCAGGCCAUAAACAGACAUUUCAGAGAUGGCUCAGAGCUUAGUCAAUCCAGACAGAGCUGGGCUUCUUCCAGCUCAGUCUCGGACAGGUAUGAGGGAAACUACAGCAGCCUUAAAUGGAGAGAGAUGGUCAGUGAGCAGCCAAGCACAGACCCUGUGUAUAAAACAGUCACCUCUACCACAGAGCAAGGUCUCAUAGUGUAUUGUGUAACAUCACCAUGCAAAGAUGAUAAGUACAGGGCUCCACCUCCUACUCCACCUGGUUAUCAAGGGCUGUCAUUGGGGGACAUGCAGGCACAAGAGGGCAGAACUUUGCGGCCAGCCUACUUAAAGCCACCCAACUAUAGUGUGGCAUUACAAAGAUCCAACCUGUUGGGUGACACAAGGAGAAUGAACGCCAUCUUCACCAGGCCUGCCAUUGUAGCACCUCAUGCUGUAGCUAAUAGUGAGGAGGAUGAGCAGAUGUCCGCAGUGUGACUCCAGUGAGAAAUGACUGAGGAAAAAUAUGUGAAGUACAGCCCUAUAAGCUGAAACCACUCAUCUUGAGCAAACUCCCCUCAGUGCCACAAGCAAUGCCACACAGACAUGUGCAAUCCCUAAUUUCUUUCUUUAAAAAUCCUUUUUAAUCAGAGAACAUCAUGAUUUAAAAAAAAAAAUGCCCACUCUAAAUCUUGACACCAUAUGAUUUUGUAUUAUGUUUUGUGGAGCAAUACUUGUUUUGUUCAUUUGAUGAAUGUAUAAGUGUAAAAAAAUGUUUCUUAUGUGGGUGUGUGAGAGAGUAUUUUUUUUUUAUUUUACCUCAUAAAAUGCUUUUUGUAAUAAUUCACCAAAAUAUAAAGGUUUCUUUGUUAAAACUAUGGAGCUAAGCGAAGGAGUAAUAUUCUGAGAAAAAUACUCAAAUUUCUAGAUUAAAAAGUCACCAAUUUACGAGGGAAAAACAACUCAGAAAAAGAGUAUUUGUUUUUUUGUUGUUUUUGAGUCAAGGACCCAAAUGGCUUCACUUUGCAAAGUUGGAUCAACAUCAUCAUACCACAGAUGCCACAGCUGAGCCAAGAGUCAUAGGAAAUGCACUCUUUCCCGCUCAAUCACACAAUAUCAAUAUGAAAGAAUAGAGCGCUGAGAUUUUCAACUACAUUUCCCAGAAUGCACUGCAGGAGAGGCGGAAUGUGAUUGUUGUCUGAGAAAAUAUCAGAGUUUCUCAUAAAUUUGACACUUUUUAAUCUGAAUUUCUGAGGUUUUUUUUGUGCAAAUUUAUGACUUUGUAAUCAUAGAAUAUCCAAGUAUUUUCUAAUAAAUUUACAACUUUAAUCUCAGAUACGCUGUUUUUUUUUUCUCAGAACAUUACCCCAUCCCUCCGCUUCAUAUUGCUUUUUUUUAACCUUACAAUGGCCCUAAUACACCUUAAAUGUGCGUCAUAAUUUUGAAUACAUUUAUCCAAAUCUUUGCCUGGCUUGAUUUUUCUAGAUUAUUUCUGAUAUUUCCUUACCACUAAUAGCAUCUCAGGCAAUCAUGAAUGCCGUUCAUGCAGUUGCUUCAGCUGCUCCAUGUACUGUUGACUGUAUGUCAAAUAAACUAAGCUUUAGAAGUUUCUAAAGCUGUAAACUA